ACAAGGAUGUGCUAGUCCAAGGACACGUAGAAUUUUAUUUCUGUUGUUUACAUUAGUCACUGUGUUCAGUGGUGUGGUGAUUACAACUCAGAUUGACGUCAUCAUUUUGUGUGUAAAUAUUCAACUUGUCAAGGCUGUGAUCUUUUCGCUGAGGAACAUAUUUGACGAAGCAUGCCUUGUGUAAUUUGACUCGACAUAUUUCUAUUGGAUUACCAAAGAAUGAAACGUGCGACAUCUCCCCUCCCCUCCCUAGUACCAGCAUGACUGGGAUUAGAUCCCGCUAUGAAAUACACUGUGCAUUACGUCACUGUUCUUGUUGGAUGACGUCAACGGCUGUGAGAAUGCCAGAUCAGGACACGGAUUUUAAUUCCUUGGCGGAAAUGUUCGGGCGAUUCGGUGAGGGGUAGACCGUGGGGGGAGGGAGGGGCUGUCGGACCAUGCAGUUGACCUUGAUCCCUGGUGUCGUACAGUACGCUGACGUCACAGGCCUGGCCCUGGUGCUGACAGUUUUCCUGCAAGUCGUCUGCUCGCAUGAGUACUUUGGGUUGAACGCAGGGGCAGUAAUCCGCACCCUGCAGACGCUCCAGGCCUACGCCUGUGACGGUGACGUGCUGGAGGUCAGCUGCCCCUCCAGGACCGUCAUCAGCAUCCAGUACGCCAAGUACGGCCGCUCCGUGCCUAGCUCAGCCAUGUGUGCCGGCCCCACCCUAGAGGCCGGCCUGGUGGACGUGUACGCCGGCAUCGGGAGGGUAGAGAACACCAACUGUAUCGCUGUCAGAUCUCUGGAGGUGAUGCUGGACCUGUGUGAGGAUAGAGCGAGGUGUGCUGUGAGGGCCAGUCCUGAGACCUUCACACAGGACCCGUGUCAGGACACGUCCAAGUACCUGGAGGUCCACUACAAGUGUCGGCCAAAUGAGUUUGAGAGCCAGACAGUCUGUGAGGGUCAGGAAAUGAAGAUCUCCUGCACAAAAGGUGACAAAAUAGCCGUCUACUCCGCCAUGUUUGGACGCAGCCCUAAUGGAAGUGACCAGUGUCCAGCUAACAAACAAGGCUACAUUGAUUGCCAGGACCCCGGAGCAGUGACAGAGGUCCGCAACAAAUGCCAGUCCAAGAAAAUGUGCAGGAUACAAGCCAAUGAAAGCAUCUUCGAUAACCCAUGCACUGUGGGGAUACAAAAGUACCUGACUGUAUCUUAUGCUUGUGUACCAAGGAACAUCCUGAAGGAUGUCCCCAAAAAAUCCACCCCAAAGAAAAAGAAAAAGAAGAAAAAGAAAGACAGGGUGACCAAGGUCACAACCCAGACAUCAGAAACCACAUCAUCACAACCAGCUCAUGACAACAUCUCGGUCUCAUCCUUCCCUAAUGUGUACGAGACCUACGAGCAAACAGUUGUUACCCAGAAUUCCCUGCAAAAAGAUCCUGACGAACACGACAGUGACGUCAAAACAGUUGAAAACACAACUGCCAAAGAUGACAUCCACCCAGCUCCUGUCAUGACAACAGAGCCGGCAGUAGAAGAGGUGUCAGUGGUCAACGAGGGUGGACAAGAAGUGUAUUAUAAAAACACUGAUGACAUCACUACAUCUGAUAUCCUGUCGCAGAAUAUAAAAGAAACUAAAGAGGAAGAGGUUUUUCAUGAUGGGGAUAAAGGGGUUGAUGAAGAUGGUAAAGAAACAGUGGAUGAUGUCAUUAGUCAAGUUAAUAAAGAAACAGGCAGCAGGGAUGUACAGGAUACCAAGGGAGAUCAUUCUAAAUUUGCAAGAGAAGAUAAUCACAAUCUUUCUCUCCCCACAAACUAUGUUUCUGUGCCAACCACUGUAGUUCCUAGUUUAUUAACCAACAAGGUGCAGGGGUCCACAUCAGCCCCAGCAAGUAAACAAGACUUGCCACCUACUUAUGUGACAGAACGCAAUUUGACUGUUCUCUGUGUCAAUUACACAAAGCCAGUGGUCAGGUGGGCGGGGCCAGGGAGGUCAAAAGGUGACAAUUUUAUUGGAUUUCUUAAAGAUUGGUUCAGCAUUUAUCACUACCUCAAAAUUCAUCAAGAGAAAGCAAUUCUGUACUUCACUCUGGGUGUUGCCUUUGGGAUCAUCGUCAUUUUAGUCGUGGUGCUAAUUAAAGUCUGCUGCAACUUCCGUCGCAACAUCCGCGCCAGGCUGGAUGUCUCAGAGCCAACCCACCGUAGCGCUCACAUCAACAACCACAGCUCCUUGGAUGCUCCCAUGCUAGAACAUUCUGAUUCCAUGGACAGAAUAGAGGUGGUUCGCUUCAGUCCCAGGAAUACUUUAAGAAGCUUACGAAGUAAUUCCCACAAUAGAGACUUAGUCAAUUAUUAUGGGUAAUGUUUUAUUUUAUUGCUUAGCUUGCUUGGUAUCUGAAAUAAGGUAUGUUUGAUUCACCUAGGAAUACAUCAAUUUGUCACUGAAGGCUGCUGAUAUACUUCCUUAACUUGGUUUACAUCUGAAAUCUUGCUUUAUUUAAAGAUUUUUGUAAACACGUUAGGUGUGGUCAAUGGAUUGCAACUUCCAUUUUUUUUUUUCUAGAAAGAUUGAGUUCAAAAAUAGAUUGUGAUGUCUAAAUCUAUUGAUCUGCUGCUAUAUAAGAUUUUUUAAAAUUUGUAAACCUUAUCAACUGCCUGGUAUACAAAUAAAAAAUUUAGCGAAAUAUUUAUCACAACAUCUAUGGCAAAAUGCCAGCCAGUAUUAUGUUUUGAGCAACAUUAGAAUUUAAUACCAAGAAAACGAAUAAGAUGUUGCUCCUUAUUUGAACUUACCAAACUCUUUGAUGCUACAGAUCAAGAUUUCUUUGAACUCAGGUCAUUUGAUGGCCACCACAGUAGACACCUGUAAUUAGUGGUAGACCAGGUCCCACAGCUCAAAGCUGACAUAUCUAGCUGACCACAUGUCUAGCUGACCACAUGUCAAG